CAACCAUAGCACCCCGAUCCAUCAUGUUGCCUCUUGUGGGGAUUGUGCUUUUCGUUCACAUUGCUAUCUACGUUGUGAACACUGUCGGUGCGGCCACGAUUGACAGCCUAGUACGUUGACCCCGGGCGAUUGGAUAUAUUCCCCUUCAAUGGUUCACUUGACUACGAUCCGCCUCAACGAGAACCUGUCUCCUAAACAGUGAUUGACGAUCUUACGUCUAGUUAUGGCUUCUCUACCUGAGACUCCCGACCCCAACAUCUAGGAAGUUCCGCGAGCAGAACCGUCUGAAGCGCGAGAUUGUCCAACUGAAACGGGACAUGAACAACACCAGCUCGCAAGACGAGUUUGCGAAAUGGGCUAAGCUCCGAAGGCGACACGACAAAACGAUGGAGGAAUAUGAAGCCAUGAACAAGGAGCUCGCAUCGCAGAAAUCCUCUUUCGAUUGGGGCGUGAAAGCCGUCCGCUGGGUCGGUACAAGUGGCCUGAAGUUCUUCCUGCAAUUCUGGUACUCGAAAACGCCCGUCUUCAUGCUGCCAGAGGGUUGGGUCCCGUACUACGUGGCCUGGAUCUUGUCGUUCCCCCGCGCGCCUUUCGGGUCCGUGAGCAUCCAGGUCUGGAGUAAUGUGUGUGCCACGGCGAUUACCACUCUGGCCGAGAUUGUUACGGCAUUGCUGUUGCAGACGGACAAAGGAGCGGCGGAGCCUGUUCCUGCUGGUGUCAGUGUCGAGGAGAAGAAAGGUCAAUGAAGGACACGAAGGGGAGGGAGGGGGGUUGUUUUUAGCGAGAUUACUGGAUGAGCAAGAGGACAAUUGUAUAAAAUAGAAUGACGAUGAUA